AGCAGAUAUUUAGGGAUGCUGGGACGCGGCACGAUCCGUCAAUCGUCGCCCACACUCGCCCUCACCCACCCGGCCACCCGACCUGCCUGCAAAAGUGCCAACUGCCACCCACUGCCGCGCCGCCGCGCCAUGGCUUCCCCGUCCCCCUCCUCGCCCCUCCACCCGCACCAGCACCAGCACCAGCACCCGCCGCCUCCGAAUCCUCACCACCAAUUCCAAUCCCCACCACCUUCGAUGCCACCGCCGCCGUCAGCGGCGCUGCCUAAGGCGUUCGACCUGGAGGUUACUGUCGUCUCCGGGAAGCACCUGAAGAAUGUCAACUGGCGCCGCGGCGACCUCCGUGCCUACGCCGUGGUCUACCUCGACCCCUCCCGCCGCGCCGCCACCCGCCCCGACGAUGGCGGCGGGUGCAAACCAACCUGGAACGAGCGCCUCGUCCUCCCGCUUCCGCCCCACCUCUCCCCGCACGACCCCUCCAUCCUCCUGUCCCUCGACGUUUUCCACUCUAAGCCCUCCGAUUCGCCCAAGCCGCUCGUCGGAUCCGCCCGCUCUCCUCUCCGCGACCUCCUCUACCCCGCAAACCCUAACCCUAGCCACGAUCCCGCAGCCUCCGCUCUCGUCAGCCUGCCUCUCCUCCGCCCUUCCGGCCGUCCACAGGGAAAGAUCCGCGUCCGCGUCGCCAUCCGCGAGCGCUCGCCGCCUCCUCCUGAGCCGCAAUACCCUCCGCCUUCCAGCUCCCCAUACUACUUUCCACCGCCUCCUCCCGCCUACUCGGCCCCGCCGCAGUACGGAUCCGACCAGUACUAUCGCCCCAGUGGGUACUACUCUGCACCUGCACCUCCACCACCUCAGUAUGAGUACACUGGAGGGCCCUCUGCACCGGUGGACUACAACAGGCAAUAUGAGCAGAGAGGGAGGACUGGGGGCGGUGGUAGUGGCAGUGGGAAUGGAAGGUAUGGAGUAGGCACUGGGCUUGCGGUCGGUGCUGUGGCUGGAGCUCUCGGGGGUCUAGCAAUUGAUGAAGCUGUGAAGUAUAAGGAGGAGAAGGCUGCAGAGCGGGUGGAAGAGAAGGUUGUACCUGCUGGGAGGGAUGAUUACAGCGAGUAUCGUGGUGACUAUUGAAUGGAAGUUUGUGUGAGUGUGGCAUUAAGAAAGCACUGUGAGUUGAUUCUUCUUCCAUGCAUAUGUGGGAAUAAAGUCACAGUGUUAUAGUCUAUGGUUUGCUCCAUGUAUGUAUAUAUAUUUGUGAUGUUUUGGAUUAUUCUGAUACCUAUAACCUACAAGGUUUUAUGAUGACAGAUUUUGUGUGUAACAUAAAGGUCUCACGGUUUGCUUUGAUGGUGUACUUGUGUAUUGUUGUCUUGAUGUUGGGUGUUAUCUUUUCCAGCAAUUGUAUUGUACUGCUCUGUUUUCCUUUUAUUUGGUGUGUUGAAAUUGUUGUAUACUCAUCAAAGGCAGCAUUGCUUUGUAGUAAAUUCAAAGUUGGAUAUAAACAUUUGUUUGUACAGCAAA